AUGUACUACGCGCUCUGCGAAGCGGAAGCUGCUGAUAAGGGCGGGAAGGAAAGCCUGGCUAACUCUGCGGAAGCUGUCAAGUCCGCAAAGGAAGGGGCUGGAGUUGUAGCAGUCGGCUCACUGUCGAUUUCUGCCAAAAGCGGCAGCGGCAGUAUCCAGAGAAGCCGGAAGAAUGAAUACGGCGAUGGCUACAGCCAUGCCGAACUAUCACCAGCGUCACAGUUACGGUUUCGAGGUCUCCAUCCGAGGAGGCGCUACGUCGUUUCGCUCUGCACGGAAAGCAACAGCGGCACUCUUUCGAAGGUUACCGUUUCGGAGGCGAAAGCUCAUGCGGAGGCCCCCUUGAUCACGGAAGUGUCGGCGAUGCCAGCGGACCGCUCAGCCGAAGCCAUAUCCCUAGCGGUUGCCCUCGAGUCCUCGGGUCUUGUGCACUUCGCCGUUCGGCGUGCAGCCGACGGGUUGACCUCGGUGGCGAGCCGUGACCACACUAUCGUGUACAGGGGGGUGCGGGAAGUUAACGGGACGUCGUCGUCUUCUUCUGCGCCGCAACAACAACUUCCCCGAGGUGAUGCCGCGGCUAACGCGGGAGUUGCAACGGGCGGUGUGCUCGAGACCGUGGAGGGGCUCGAACCAAAUGCCACGUAUGAGAUAUUCAUAGCCACGGAAACCACCAACUCAAACGGCGUCUACCAUGCAAAGUCCGAGCCGGUCCUGGCUACCACCCACCCGGUGCCCCCGGUUCUCCUGGACGCUCGCGCCCAUGCGGCCGACGCAUCGUCUUCGGCUCUCGUCGUGGCGGUUUCACUUGCGUCCCUGGCUGAAGUGCACUACGCUUUGUUUCCAAUCCCAACGACGCCUGACGAAGAUGGACUCGUGGAAGACACCGCAAAAGCAACUCCUACCGGUGAUGAGCGUGCGUCCAAUGGGCAGGCUGACGGGGGUGGAGCGGCAGGAGGGGAGGUGCUUACCAGGGGUGGCAGUGGCGGCGAUGGAGCGUGUUCCGGCGAUGGUUGGGGGUCUAGGAACGGUAACGGAGCUGUUGAUGGGAGGAGGGACCCAUCCGCUCUGAACGAAACGCUUGGUAUCGUCGCCAGCGGCGUGAUCCCUUCGACGGCGACAGCCGGCAUGUUGCUCUCAGCUGCUGAAGAGGACGGUACAAACAAGCCGGUGGAGGUCUCGCCAGCGGGGGCUGCAGCUGCCACAGCAGUUCGAAGCAACGGGCAUCCCAGUUUGAUUACUGCUUCGAGAUCCUUGGAAGGCAGUGGUUUGGAAGUUGCGUUUCGUGUGGAAGGACUGCAGGCCGCCCAGGCCUACAGUGUUUGUCUCUUCACGGAGACGCCAAACUCCAACGGGUUGUUCGGUGAUGUCCAUGAGCUACGGCCGGUCUCAACGCACGCCCCCGUCCCAGAGCUAGCCUUGGAGAAGAUCGCGUGCGCUGUGGACUGCCCUGGACUGAAUCGCGACGCUUGUUGGCUGGAGGCGAACAAGUGCGGGGAAUGUGUCGACGGUUUCGACGGCAAGGCAGGGCAUGUCAACAGUCCAUGCGGCAAGGUAGCUUCUUUGACAGAGGAUGACAUAGCUCGCAUCACUGACCGGGAAAGGCGGAGGACGUCCGAAGGAGAACAAGCUAGUCAGUACAGCGAAGACCCUGAAAUUGGCAACGACGGCGGCAUCAAUCCUACGAGUGAUGUUGCGCCGCCGGAAAGAAAUACGAUAUUGGUAACCGAUGGUGGAGAUAGCAAUAGAAGCAUCGGUCGCCCUGCAGCUGCACCGUCGCAAUCGAGACUUUUGAUGGGGGUGCCGGUUGCGAUGGGGCCAAACCUCACCAAAUUUUUGUACGUCGAGGUGCCCGAAGACAACGAUACACAAAAAAAGGAGGGGUUUGAUGUUGAGAAGACGGCGGGCCGGCUUUGCGAGGAACUCCACACAGGAGGGGACGAAGGGAAGAUCCCAGCGUGUCUGUCGAGUCUUACGAUGGCGUUGAAAUCGAGGUUUGCCGACGGUCGCUUUCAUCGAGAAGACGAUCCCCAGCGCCCCGUUCUUCAGGUGGAGGUCGAUGCACCAGGGGGGGAAUCCCUGGCGUUCACUCUGCGCCAAGGGGAAGAAGAGGGAAUCGCCGUGGUCGGGUUCUGUCGCGACAACGAGGGAGUUCUCCCGGACGAGCAGGCGUGCGUUGUCACGCUUAUGCAAGAAAUGUCCUUGUGA